AUGGCUGACGAGGGAGCAAAGUUUGACACGAAACACGCCGAGGCCCCUGUCCAACAUGAAGAGGCACUCAUCAGCGACGCGAAACAUGCCGCCAAUAGGGAACAGAGCAUGACGCUCCUGCAGGCCAUCAAGACGUACCCCAAGGCCAUCGGCUGGUCUGCCCUACUCUCCUCAACCUUGAUCAUGGAGGGGUACGACCUGGCUUUGCUGGGAUCUCUCUAUGCCAGCCCGAUUUUCAAUCAAAAGUUCGGCGCUUUCAAUCCCGAGAAUGAUGAGUGGAAUGUCAGUGCGCCUUGGCAGUCGGGCUUAAGCAACGGCGCUCGUGCUGGAGAGAUCAUUGGGUUGAUCAUCGCAGGCUGGACAGCCGACAGAUUUGGGUACAAGGUGACUACCAUUGGUUCCUUGGUUUUAAUGGUUGCCUUCAUUUUUGUGCUCUUCUUUGCGCCAAAUGUGCAAGUCCUUGUGGUCGGCGAGGUUCUCUGCGGAAUCCCGUGGGGAGCCUUUCAGAGCGUUACUCCAGCGUAUGCAAGCGAGGUCGCCCCCGUCGUGCUGAGACCGUAUCUCACAACGUGGAUCAACAUGUGCUGGGUGAUUGGCCAAUUCUUCGCGGCUGCCGUCAAUCGCGGUUCAAUCGAUCGAGACGAUCAGUGGGCGUACAAGAUCCCAUUCGGUGUACAAUGGGUGUGGCCGCUGCCAAUUCUUGCAGGUGUUUUGUUGGCGCCUGAAUCGCCGUGGUGGUACGUUCGCCAUAACCAACGGGCGGAAGCGAAAAAGUCGCUCCUGCGACUCACCUCUCGCAAUCAGCCGGACUUCAACCCGGAUGAGACUAUCGCUAUGAUUGAGCACACCAACGAAAUGGAGAAGUCGAUCUCGGAAGGUGUUCGGUUCAGAGACUGCUUUCAAGGCACCGACUUGCGCCGUACCGAGGUUGUCGUGGGCAUUUGGCUGGUUCAAACCCUUGGUGGCCAGAAUCUGAUGGGCUACUUCGCAUACUUCAUGACGCAAGCGGGAUUAGACCCCAAGAACUCUUUCAACCUCUCCAUGGGACAAUACGCACUCGGCAUAGUUGGCACGGCGGGAUCCUGGUUCCUAAUGUCAAAGGUCGGAAGGAGAACGAUCCAUCUCAGUGGUCUCUGUUGCCAAUUCCUGUUGCUGGUAAUCGUCGGUUCGGUGAGCUUUGCUGGUGGAGAUGGCGCCCUGUGGUCGAUCGGCGCGCUGCUGGUGCUCUUCACCUUUGUCUAUGAUUUCACCGUUGGGCCCGUCACUUAUUCACUCGUGUCAGAGCUCUCGUCAACUCGGUUGAAGGCUAAGACCAUCGUGCUCGCCAGGGCCGGGUACAACGCAAGCAACAUUGCUGUGAAUGUGCUAACCAACUUUCAGCUUUCCAGUGCUCAAUCUGGCUGGGACUGGGGCGCUCGGGCAGCAUGGUUCUGGGCGGGCUCUUGCUUGGUCUCCUGCAUAUGGGUGUACUUCCGUCUGCCAGAACCUAAAGGUCGGACUUACGCAGAACUCGACCUUCUGUUUGAGCAUGGCGUGCCAGCGAGAAAAUUUGCGACCACCCAGAUCGAUCCUUACUCGAAUACUCUGGAUCUCAACAGGAAACUGUCCAUCGGUACGAAUACCGAAGAACGGCUGCAACACGUGACGAAGGAGGCAGUCGUCUGA